AUGGCAGACUUUUGGUAAACUACUGCAGAUAUGUUCAGUACUCUAAUUACUAGGCCAAUGAUGAAAGAAAAAUAUCUUAUUAAACCUCCAUUCAACUAUAUUUUUGAUAUAAUAUUGGAAACAAGAAAAAAAACAGGUUUCACUUCUAUUCACAUUAGGUUAUGCAAAGGGAUUAUAUAAAAGUGAGGAAUUGGAUGACAAUUACUAUUAUAUUAAGGAUAGGAAGGUAUUCUUUUUGUAGAAAAUUAUUGAUUUAACAUCUCUAACUUUGAAUGAAGAACUUUAGGCUAAACCUAACAAUAUACUGGAAGGCUUGGAACCAGAACAAACAAAUGUAUUGUUGUAAGCAAUUUACAGAGCAGCUGUAAGUGGUCAAUGCAAUGAUUAACAUGUAAAUUAAGUAGGGAAUUCUCAAUAUUUAUAGAUUCUAGCUGGCUUAGCAUCUGAUUCCACAUCAUAAUAGAAGGAGAAAGACAAAGCCAUAAAAAAAUGUAUUGAACAACAAAACAUAGGUUCUAUCAAAUAAACCUAGAUAAAAUAGAAUAUCAUCAUAGAUUAAUAGCAAAUUGGUAUUCAAUAAUUGGAAAAGAAAGGUGAUAUUAUUUUCAAAUAGGAAUAGUAAUUAGAAUAAAUUAAAAAUUCUGAUUAUUACCCUCAAUAAGCUUAAGCCAUUUAUAAGCAAUGA